UUUUGUUUGUGAUUUAUGAUUACCAUUGUCAAUUCUGAUUCAGGGAAGAAUGGUUGGAGAGUUGAGCUUUCUCACAAUUCUAGAGGUGGUGGUGGAGGUGGCCGAGGAGGGGGUCGUGGUCGUUCUGGGGGUUCUGAUCUCAAAUGCUAUGAAUGUGGUGAGCCAGGACAUUUUGCUCGUGAAUGUCGUUCACGUGGCGGCGGCGGGGGUGGUGGCGGCGGCGGUGGUGCUGGAAGAAGACGUAGCCGCAGUCCACGGUACCGUCGGAGUCCAAGUUAUGGUCGCAGGAGUUACAGUCCCCGUGGAAGAUCUCCAAGACGCCGCAGCUUGUCACCUCGUGGGCGUAGCUAUAGCAGAUCACCUCCGUAUCGUGGUAGAGAGGAGGUUCCUUAUGCCAAUGGGAAUGGUGUAAAGGACCGCCGUCGGAGCAGGAGCUGAGGACUACAGACUUCUCAAUCUGCCUUAGUUAAACACAGGAUGUUUAGAGGAUUACUCCGAUUCUAUGUGUUUUUAGUGCUUGGACUUCGUAACGGACCUUUUUAAAAUCGGGCGACGCCCUCAGCCUCUACUUUUGAGUUUGGAUAAGUCCUUUCUAUCUUUAAUUUGAAUUGUUUUUUCCUUUAUCCCUUCAGUAUAGUUGUAGGAAUCUAUAUACUAAAAUAUUUUCUGUUCGUAUUUAUUUUGAUAAUUUUAUUGAGCGAAUGUCUUGAAGGGCACUGCUAAAGAUGUAUGUUUUUUUCCUUGUUGAGGUGUUGUCUCGUCUCGUCUCGUUCUGCUUCACUGCUUUUCUGCUUCUGCCCUAUCCUGGGAUUUCGUUCUACACCCCCCACCUCUGGGAUCUUCAAUUUGAAAGGUUGUAGGUCCCAGCCGGCUACUACAAGUGUAGAUGCUACUAUUUGAUUGAAUCUCUGCGGUUGUGUCGCACGCUCUCAUAAUGUUUAUGAGAUUCCUUUUUUAUAAACUUUGAGGCAUGAGGAACGGCAUCAAAUGCUUCUGGCAGGUACAUGAAAUUGUUCUACAGAAGUUUGGGUUGGAAUUCUUGUACAGAAAAUCAGGUUUUUAGGCAUUCUUCAAAAUACAUUCUCUGCAUAACAUUUUCUCUUCAUGGCAUUCAUAUCAUAUUAGGAGGAGGAUUGGUUUCCCAUAUCAUUUUUUUUUUUUGGUGCAAAUAAUCAUUUGAGUUUUGAGAAUUAUGGUUUUCUGUCAAGUGAGGAUGAUUAAGACUAGGAGUAAGUUUUAUUUCAUUUUUUAUACAUGUUGAUUUUCUUCUCCCCUGAUUGCAAUUACUUGUAUGGUGGGUCGGUUGCUGAGCGAUGCUCUCUUGGCUAUGUCUAUUAAGUGAAUUGUCUCAAGAUGAGCAACUUCUUAUCGACCGAGUUCUAGUUGGAGUUCUCUUCCGUGCCCCAAAGUGGUAUUUUCCUGCCAUGGUGAAUACCAUAUCGACUACCAAUUUCCAUGAUUCUUUAGAUAUUGCAAUCGUGUUCGAGUUCUGCACCCCUCGUUGAGACGAUUUUGGAUUAGUUCCCAUCUGCUUGAAAGUACUUCCAUCUCUCACACGGAGAAACAUUAGUUCCUGUGGGUUGGCAUCAGAACUCCCGUCAAAUUCCCUUCCAUCUAUGCUAGGACGCUGCUGCUACCUCUGCUACAUAAGCAGGCACGGUCUACGUAGCUAAGAUCUGUAAUUUGCUUUUCUUUUCUUUAUUCUUUUCCAAAGAUUUUUUUUUUGCCAGGCUGGACCAGUUGAGUUUAUAGGUUUGUUAGCAUAUUUGAAUAGCCAUAGCUGGAAAUGAUUAUCACUUUGAUGGCUACUGAGUCUUCCUUUCGAUUGAAGAAUCGUUUAACCGUAUUUAUAA